CGCGAAAAUACCCCAUCUUUGCUUGAUACCGUCACAACGCCGUCGAGCAACCGCUUCCCUUAGCAGUAGUCUAAGUCUAGGUCGAGGAUUGCGACACGCGUGUAGCGUCCUAGACCGAAAAAAAACCAAUAUAUAAAUCCGGGAUGCGCACUUGGUGAACGACAUCAUGCCAGUAAUUAUAUCGACACACUAGCAGCGGGAUUCGCAUAGAUCGAAGCUCACAAUCUAUAUCUUUCUACAUUCCAUUCACCGAGGUGCACCUGUUCAAUUACCCCCAACCAGCAACCAGUCACCAACCAAGUACGAAGAAAAUGGCGACAAAAUUCAUCGUCUUUGGCCCAACCGGCAAGAUCGGCAGCGUCGCCGCCGAGACGGCACACAAGCUCGGCGCCCAGGUCAUCCUGGCCAUGCGCGACACCUCCAAGCCGAUCCCGGGCCUGGACGCCGCCGGCGAUCUAGAGCGCGUCCAGGCCGACCUGACCGACGCGGCCUCGGUCCGCGCCGCCCUCGACAAGACGGGCGCCAAGCACGCCUUCAUCUACCUGACCCACGGCGGCGAGCCCGGCAUGCGCUCCACCGUCGAGGCGCUCAAGGCCGGCGGCGUCGAGUUUGUCGUCUUUGUCAGCAGCUUCUACAGCUACGGCGACGACCCGCACGCCGCGGCCGAGUCCGACGACGCCCUCACCAAGGUCCACUCCGAGGUCGAGUUGUCGCUGCACGAGGUCUUUGGCGCCGGCGCCUACGUCGCGCUGCGCCCGGGCUACUUUGCCAGCAACCUGGGCCGGUGGGCUCCGCUCCUCAAGUCGGGCAGCGCGAGGAUCGAGAACCCCGACGCCAAGUGGGACUACAUCUCGACCGAUGACAUUGGCGCCGUCGCCGGCAGCGUGGGUGUCAAGGGCCCCGCGGCGAUCAAGAGCGAGGUCGACGAGGGCAGGAGCCACAUUGUGCUGCUGGGUCCGCAGUUCGUCUCGCUGCGAGACGCGGCGCGGCUCGUCGCACGCGCGACAGGCCUGCCCGAGGCCAAGGUGGAAGGCUUCGAGAGCGACGAGGAGGCCUUGAAGUACAUGAGCCAAGUCUACCACAUACCCGAGGGGGUCGGGCGAUCGUUGCUCAAGCCGAAGGAUGUGUACACCGAGGAAAGGCUGAGGACUGGAGCCGAGAACGUCCAGAAAUUCGCCGGGCGGCCGGCUACGACUCUGGAGGAUUGGUUGGCGGCACACAAGGAACUUUUCAUGUGAGCUACGGGUUGAUAUGCAACAGGAGAAUUGUCUCAUGAGUGAUGAAGCAAAUGGGCCGGUCAAACGAAUAUCUCUUGCGGUCAUUCCUCACUAAUCUGGGAAGAGAUCCCUGCUGUCCGAUUAUCCGAUGAGUCUAUGAAGUCCAAUAACAGAUAAUUGUCACACGUAUAAAUUGAC